AUGAUGAAUGAGGCAACAUUAAUUACAUCAAAUGCUUGGUCAAUUAAAGUUAAUUUAACUAGUUCUUAUCAACAUACCUUUUCUGAUCAAUUAAGACAGCCAACAAGACAAGCUACAUUUAUUGGUGCCAUACUUGCAUUUGUAUUUAUUUUUUUUGGUCUUAUUGGAAAUAUAAUUCUUAUAACAACAAUACUUUCUGUUAAAAAACUUCGAUCAUAUACUAUAAAUAUUUUUAUUGUUUCGUUACAAUUUAAUGAUUUACUCAAUAUUGGUUUCAAUCAAUUUUUUGUUGGUCUCUCUUAUGUGAAUCGAGGUUGGCUUGGUGGUCCUAUAUUGUGCAAAAUAGUUGUUUAUUUUUCAACAAUUUGUAUGGGUUGUCUUCUAUGGCAUCAUUGUCUUAUUGCAAUACAUCGACUUAUUGUUGUUGUUUAUCCGAAUUUAUUGCGUCGUAUGUCAAUUAAAACAUACAUUAUUGUUUCACUUGUUAUAACAAGAGUUUUACCUAUAUUAUGUUGUAUACCAUCAUUUUUAACAGAUGCAAUAGCAUAUUCACCACAAGCAUUACGUUGUUCAAUACGUAAUAAAUUACAAAUAUAUAUUAAUAUAACAAUACUUAUUUUAUUACCAAAUGUAAUUAUUAUAUUUUGUUUUGUUGGAAUAUUUUUUCAAGUUUUACAUACAACACAUACAACUGGAAGAAUACAUACAAAUGCACUAUCAAUAUCACAUUCAUUGAGACGUGAAAUACGUAUAACAAAAAUGUUUGCUGUUUUAUUUACAUUGUUUUUUCUUGGUUAUCAUCCGUAUGGUUUUGUACGUGCCUAUGAUAAACGUGGUCAAUUACAUCCAGAUAUAUAUGUUUUAUUAACAUUACUAUAUUGUAUUUCAAUAUGUGCAUCACCAUUAGUUUAUGGUAUUAUGAAUAAUCAAUUACGUCAUGAAUGUAUGAGAGUUUUGUUUAAUUGUUGGCAUUGUCAGAAAAAUAAUAAUUAUAAAAAGUGUUCUCAUCAUCGAAUAAAAACAGCUGAAACAAAAUCAUUAACAGUCACAAAUGGUGUUAGUAGUAUACAUUAUAAUCGUGAAAGUCCAUUAAUGGUAUUAUCGAAGAAUAAUAAACCAAUAUCAAAAUUUUCAAAAAACACAUCUGUAACAUUAUUAGAUACAGCUAAUGUUUAA